UAUUACAUGGGUUUGGCCAGGUUUUGGUGGUAGCUCCAUCGAAUGGCCAUUGUCCUUUAAUUCAAUCAGGAGACAUUGUGCGUUGGAGGUGGGGCUACUGGGAGAUACAAUACACACAGCUUUAUAUAUUUUUUUAUUUGGUUCGCCUAGAAACCCGAAAGCUCGAGGGGUGCAUGUAAGUUAACGCUUCGUACUUGAUUUGCUGUUUGAAGUGAGGGCGCUCCGUUCCCAAACGCGCUUUUAAUGCAUGUUCUCUACCCAGGCUUAGCGAAAUUAGCCGAGCCGCGUCUGCUCUCAAACAUAAACACCUCGUAGUAUGCUCGAGUACUUAUAUCACGCCAUUUUAAAAAGUAGCCUGGACAAAAAUAAACGGAGACUAAUAACGGAUUAAUUUCCCACACUCCUCACCUUAUCGCUGCACUACACCAUAGGCGGAUUAUAUCGCGGUGAUGUGUAGUGGCCGUGUGAUCAUUCACAAUAGUUGUUAAACGCCUAGUAGAGAUAAAGGAGAAAGGUAACGCUGUGUGUUGGUUGGUUGGUUUGUUUGUUUGUUUGUUUUUUUUCCGCGAUCAGGUGACGCUGGAAAAUGAGUGAUUCCGAGAAGCAGACAAUUUCUGUGAAGGAUAAGGACGGAGUGGAGAAGAGGGGACGAGGAAGACCGAGAAAACAUCCAAAGGAAUCCAGUGGAUCUCCGGUUCCGAAAAGGCCGAGAGGGCGGCCAAAGGGCAGCAAAAAUAAAGGACCUUCCAAGAGAAAAGCGGGAUCAUCUUCAGAAAAGAAGCAAAAGGGGAAGCCCAAGAAGGAGGAAAAGGAGGCAUCUCAGGAGUCCUCUGAGGAAGAAGAGGAGGAUGAAGAUGAGGAACAGUAACUACCUCAUCCUCGGCACUACCUCAUAAUAUGACACAGCCUGGCACCACUUACUAAUCUACAGCCUCUAACAACGGGAUGUCGUCCGCUCAACCACCUCUGUGGGACUGACAUAAAUAUCAUGUCUAUAACAAUCAGUUACAUGUUUUAAAAAAAAGUGGAAUAAUUUUAGAAUCUGUGAAUUAGGCUGCAUAUAAGUGUUUAGUCCAUUAAUGGUGCUUACUUGGUGCUUUUCAAUUUUUGUUUUGGUUUGCUUUUUAUGUACUUUAUGUGACGUGGAAGGUCAGGGGGGAUAUAGAAUUAGAAAAAGAAAAGUGUUCUGACCGUGAUGUGUAGUGGUCCUAUAGUUUUAGUGUAGGGCUUUCUGCUUAACUGCAGCUGACUUUUUUUUUUUUAAAUACACCCCCUGCACUGACUAGAUUUUAUCUUAUUAGAUUGCCUUUAUUAUAUAUGUUGAGGCGUGAACAUUCACCAUUUGUUGAAGGCUAGGUGUGUGUAUUUUGCAAGAUAAACAGAUUUAGAUUUGAAUACACCAUUUUCAGUCUUUGUCACUCUGGUGUAAUAGUCGGGUAGGUGAUAGAGAUGUCUGAUUCUCAUUGCAAGUACAUUCCAGUAGCAUUUUUAACACACUUGUGACUAAUUUAUGUGGACUGUUCCUCAUACACAUAUAUAUAUUUUUUCUUUUCAUUGAUAGUUUUGCCUCUUUUACUUUAACUUUUACCAACAGGUCACUUUUCUAGGUCAAAGAAACACACAGGCAGAUAAGCCUUUAGCUCUGGUCAGCAUUAAAGAAUACUUUACAGUUGUACAUUUAAGGAUACACCCAAAUACGUCUGGGAGUUUACAGAGAUCACCUGUGAAAUAAUGCACACUUGAGCAGCUAUACCUCAGUACCAUGGCUUGUGCUUGUGACAGGUUCGCAUAUAUUGUCAAAUCAGCUUACAUGAAACUGUGUCAUUUGGAUAACUUUAGAAUAGUCACAAUGACUGUUUUUAUUCUGCAUCAUACAUCCCAUCUGUCCACAUUCUUUGAACCAUAGCAACAAUAUGCAUCAGCCACCUCAGGAAUUACAGUAUGUAGACAGCAGGCGACAGACCAAGUAGUGUUCAGAUAGCACUGAUAACUUCUGUAUAGAAUGUGUUCAUCAUUUCUGUGGAAAACAAACUGCUCUGUACCUAUUUUUAAUGCAGCUGAGGAAUUGUCUACAAGCUCUUUUAGGCUUAUACCACGUUUGUUGAUGCCGCAAAUACCUAUUUAUUUCACGUUUAAUUGAGAAUUCAGUUGUAUCUGUGUAGCAUGUUGUGUUGUUAAUAAAAUAUACUUUCUCA